UUGAGCAGACGAAUUUGUUCAGUUAGAACGUACUGUCGUUGGUCGAGUGUGUUGAGUGGACAACUAUCAACUAUGACGUUUCUCUGUCGGUUGCUGUACACGCUUUGUUACGUCACGCUAUUUCUCCAGUGCAGUCUGUCUGUGCCGAUCUUAGAUCAGGAAGAAAUUCAGCAUGCGUCGAAACACGUCACUAAACGUCAAGUAACCGUCACUAGUAGUGCUGGCAACAACAAACAACCCGAGACUCGCAAUGAAGUGGCGGCUUUUAUUGAAAGUGGCCGAAUGAACAAUGAUUAUGUGUGGAUUGAUGUAACGACGAAAAAGUUUGUUCCGGUUCCGGGUAAUGAUUUAGAGUUUGGAGACUGCUCUGAACCGGGUGAAUUGAUCUAUUUCGAUAAUACGCUGAUUGAGAAUUCCGGACCGAGUACACUGAAUGGAACGCUGGAGAUAUACAUCGAUGCACCGGUGAAUAUUACCUGUGUACGAGCGAUAGAUCAGAUUCGAGACGGUUCUGGAGGCGUUCCGACGUACAAUUCUAUGGGAUCUAACUGGGCCAAAAUCGAUGUGGCUGGACAGUAUGGCAAGGGUUUUCACUUUCACAUAUACGUGUACGGUGUAAAAAACAAGAAAACAACUGCGGAGAAAGAUAAGGAACGCAAGGACAGUCAAUCUAAUUUACUUUGAUGCAAAUCGUAAUCGCAGAGGGUAGCAUAAGAUACGUUUAUAUCGUUUUGAGUACAAA